AUGGAUGCCAAAUGCGAGAUAUCGCCUAGCAAGCGGAAGAUGUUCAUCUUGCUCGCAAAGAGCUCACAGUCUUCUGCGCUAUACAUCAGGCUCUUUGACUGUCCCACUCGCUCCUCCGCUUGUCCAGCCUUGUUGGCUUUUGUACGCGCGCGCCUUCUCUCCCCUUGCAAAGACCCAACAGUUGCGCUACGCUUGGCGACUCGAUGGCUUGUGAACACCGCGCGACUUGACUCACGCCUUGACCACCCAGCAGAGCUGAUCAGGAUGGGCACGUCAGAAGGGUCGAUCCGUGAGAGAAAAUCAGUCGCGUCACCGAGUCGCGUCGUCGGGUCGCCCAUUCCUCCAAAGAAGGCCAAAGCCGGCUUCCCUCGACGUUCCUGUCUUACGUCAGUCGUUCGCCACGGAUCGUAUAUAGUCACUCGCCACAUUCACUCAUCCCAUUCUGCCGACACCUUCUUGCUGUGCGAGAAGAACAACGGCUUUACAUACCCCUCUAUAAGACACUCUUUCAUAGCUCCAGGCGAGCCCUGGACCUUCACGCUCAUUCACAAACACAUAUCUAUAAUGAGGUUCGGAUCGUUACUUGCGCCCGCCGCCGUUCUCGCGGUCGCGAUCGCGCUCUCCUCGCCUUUGUCCGUCGAUGCCAAGACCUGCACGAAGAAGGCGGUCGAGAAGCACCACCACCACCACCACCACAAGUCGCACCACAAAGCCACCGGCAGUGUGCUGAUGGCCGCAAAGUCUCACAAGAAGCACAAGAAGCAUCACAAGAAGCACACUAAAAAGACCGGUCUCGUCAAGAAGUGCAAGAAGGUCACCCAUAAGAAGCACCAUCAUCAUGCUUCUGCUGCGUCGGCUAGCACAGCCAAAGCGAGCACUUCUACUGCUGCCACCACUGAUGGCUCCUCGCUGCAAAACCUGACAAGCACGAGCGGCAAGAGCACGAGCAAAGGCAAGGCAGUCUCGACGCCUUUCAAGCUUACCCAAUCCUCAGAGGGCUCCAAUUUCUUUGAUAGCUAUGACUUCUUUACCGCCGCUGACCCCACGCAUGGGCAAGUCCAGUUUGUUGACGCCGCGACUGCGACUUCAGCAAAGCUCGCCUACGUCAAUUCUGACGGUCAGGCGAUCAUCAAGAUGGACGAUACCUCCAAUCUAGCUUCCGGCCAGGCUCGUAAGAGCGUCCGCCUGACCAGCAAGAACAGCUUUACUCAAGGCCUGCUCAUCAUGGACGCCGCAAAGAUGCCCUAUGGGUGCGGCACUUGGCCCGCCUUCUGGACCGUCGGUCCCAAUUGGCCAAAUGGCGGCGAGAUCGACAUUGUCGAAGGUGUCAAUAAGGUCGCGACCAAUCAGAUGACUCUACACUCAAGCAACGGGUGCAACCUUCAGCAACCCAUGGCCGGCACGGGCACCGUGCUCGGCACAAAUUGCUAUGCCUAUGCGAAUGGCAACGCUGGCUGUGGCGUCAAGGACCCCUCGACGGCUUCAUAUGGCGCGGGCUUCAACGCAGCAGGCGGCGGCGCUUUCGCAACGCUGAUCGAUACCACUGGCGUCUCUAUUUGGUUCUGGAGCCGCAACGAUAUCCCUAGUGACGUCUUGGCAGGCACGCCGUUGCCAUCGUCUUGGUCUCAACCAAAGGCGCACUGGGCUUCCUCAGGUUGCUCGCUCAGCUUCAUAGGGCCGCAGUCUGUGGUGUGGGAUAUCACCGCCAACGGAGACUGGGACCGCGCAGUCUUCUCGUCAGACGGCUGCCCUGGAUCUCCUCAGGAGUUCAUGAUGACCGGCAGCAAUUAUGCCAAUGCCGAGUUUGCGGUCAAUUAUGUCAAAUGGUUCGAGCAAUAG